UUGCCUUGGUACGUUGCCCCGCUAAGGUCUGCAGGCAAUUAGGAGAUGUUCUUUGGAGAUUAUAGCGUUGCUGUUGCCUCCCAGCUCAGGGAACUGAUGACAGAUUAAUUUAACAUGAGCGUGAGGGACGGCCCCAGCUCUGUUCACCGACUUCCAGACCCAGACGGCUGGAAAUGGCCGCAUGGGAGUAUGGCAAUAUGCACGGAUUUCCUGCCAUGCUCUUGCCUCAUGGAGAACGUUGUCUCCGGGGACGAAUGAAAAGCAAACCAGGUUGAGUGCUUCCUCUGUGAGUGGCCGCAGCUGCCUGACCUGAGUCUUUAUUUUCUUCUAUAAGUGCUUUGUCAGCACGUUGGAGUCGCCGAGCGCUGCGGAGGAGUUUGCAGUGACAAUAGAACUUGCACACAGACCUCAUGCAAAUACUGCAAAGAAAACAACUUCAUAUUCACUUUUAAAGCCACAAUAUGGAAUAUUUGGAACACUUUCGAAACAACAACAAAAGGCAAAGCUAAAUGACAUUAUGUAGGAGAGUGGAAUUAUGGGACAUGUCGUUUUCACCAUCCAGAGGCGUAUGGAGAUCGCCCAUCAUGUUCACAGACGAGAUGAGGAAACGUUUGCACUUCAGUCGGAACUGGAGGCUGUGGAGAAGCAGAUCCAGGAUCUACUAGAGAAGCAGACAUGGCUGCGAGAACGUAAAACGGCGCUGGAAACAUCCCGAGCUGACGCUCGCAAAUCCGCGGUAAGUUUUCAUCGCGAUUGUAAUACUCCUUCCACUUCUACUCCGCGUGUUUCUCUGCACAGAGCCCAGGCUUCGAGAACACGGUCAGCCCAAAUGAACUUCACUCCUGCACCGGCACACCCACGGCGAAAGGCGCGAGCCAGGACUGGAGCGAUGACCCAACCGCCACCACCGGUCUUCGAGAUCCCGACCAGGAACCGCUUUGCCGCCCUCUGUGAGACGGAAUGCAAUGCUGUGGUCAUCGGAGACUCAAUCGUCCGGAAAGUAAAAAGUAAAGGUAAGGUGCGCACUCAUUGUUUUCCUGGCGCCCGUGUUCUUGAUGUCUCUGCGCAGGUACCUGCGAUCCUGAAGGACGACGCUAACGUCGGAGCUGUCGUGCUGCACGCGGGGGUGAAUGACGUCAGGAUGCGGCAGUCGGAGAUCCUGAAGAGGGACUUUAGGAGUCUGAUCGAGACGGUACGCAACGCAUCGCCCACGGCGAGGAUCAUCGUAUCAGGGCCGCUUCCUACCUACCGAUGAGGGAAUGAAAAGUUCAGUAGACUAUUUGCACUAAAUAAAUGGUUGAUGUCAUGUGUAUUGAACAGAAGCUGCUCUUUGUUAAUAAUUUUGAUCUGUUCUGGGAGCGACCUAGGCUCUUCCGCCCUGACGGCCUGCACCCCAGCAGAAUCGGAGCGGUUCUUCUGUCUGACAACAUCUCAAAGACGCUACGCACCGUUUGACUACGUCUCCCACCGGUGGUUCAGACGGGUUAACAAUGAGCACGUGUGUUUGUUUACUGCUGGGAAAUGAAAAGAGGGUCAAAGCAGGAAAGCUGAGGACUUUGAAACUGCAGCGUCAUCCGGACCGGCUCUCUGUUGAGAAACAAUGUGCUUGGAGCUCAGCCCCAGGAAGACUUGACUCUUAAGAUCCCGUCAGAUGGCUUUCUGCCUAGUCAUAUUCCACAGCAAGUGACCACAACGUUAUAAACAUGUUUCAUCAUAUUUAUUGCGCAAAAACAAAAAGGGCCUAUAAUUUACUUUUGCCUUUUUCUUAAAUAGGGCACAAAAGAGGCUCUGAUCAUCACAAUUUCUUAACUACUCACUUUUCAUGCUUAAUUUUAAGUUAAAACUGCAGUCUGAAAAUCAGCUAUUCCCAACUCUGUUUGAAACAGGUUACUUGUCUUUUCUCAUCUGUGUGUUAAGUGAAAUGACAUCACACUGACAUUUCCGGUGAAACGGUAGCCAUUAUUAUUAUAACCUAGCUGUUGUAAAUCAAGGUACAAUUUAGGAGACAUUUAUAAAGGUCUAAUUUUUUUGGAGGAUCUUUUGACA